AUAUCGUCGGCAGCAGCAGCGCGACUUUCAGCAUGUCUGGCCGGGGCAAGGGCGGCAAGGGGCUCGGCAAGGGCGGCGCCAAGCGCCACCGCAAGGUGCUGCGCGACAACAUCCAGGGCAUCACCAAGCCGGCCAUCCGCCGCCUGGCUCGGCGCGGCGGCGUCAAGCGCAUCUCGGGGCUCAUCUACGAGGAGACGCGCGGCGUGCUCAAGGUCUUCCUGGAGAACGUCAUCCGCGACGCCGUCACCUACACGGAGCACGCCAAGAGGAAGACGGUCACGGCCAUGGACGUUGUCUACGCUCUCAAGCGCCAGGGUCGCACUCUCUACGGCUUCGGCGGCUAAAGCCUCACGUUCCUGUCUUACAAAUACCAUUAAAAAUUACAAAGGCUCUUUUAAGAGCCGCACA